AUGUUCUCUCUCAAGCAAUCCGUCAUUGCUGCAUUGGCUUUAGGAAUCGACAUGGUCAAUGUGCUCACCGGGGACGCCACUUGGUACACUCCGAACAGUGGGACCAGAGCCUGUGGUGCUCCCCUGCAGAACUCUGACCACAUCAUGGUGCUCUCCAGCAAUCAAUAUGCUGGAGGGGCGCACUGCUGGAAACACAUUGGAGUGCACUACAAGGGCAAGUUUGUAGACACCACCAUCGGGGACCUUUGCCCUAGCUGUGGUCAUAAUGGGAUUGAUCUUUCGCCAUCCGCAUUCCAGAAACUCGCACCUCUCGAUGACGGGCGUAUCCAAGUCACCUGGAACUACAAGUAG